AAACAAACAAACAAAAACCAAAGACUACAACAACCAUCUUGUGAGCAGAUGCUACAAUUAUUAUUCCUGUUUUAAGAGCCAAAGCUCAGGCUCAGACCUGCCCAGGGGGUACACAGCUAGCUACUGGUGGAGCUACUAAUUAUAUACUGUUCACUCCUCUCUCCCACAAGACUGAAAUGCUGUGAGAGCAGACAUCACAAUGAUUUUGUUCACUCCAGCAUAACUGACCUUUACCAUUUGCCAAAGAAAUAUGUAUUAAAUGAAUAAUACUCACAAGCCUCUAGAAGCACUUUCUUUAUAAAAUAAUAGCAAACAUUCAGCCAACUUGCCAGGCUCAUGCUAAGUGGUUCCACAGAUGGUUCCACUUAAUAUCAGAAAUCAUUCUAGGUGGUGGGUAUUUCAUAUUCUUACUGCCAGAAGGAUGAGGCGACUUGAGCCUCAGAGGAGUUAAGUGAACUGCCCAAGGUCACACAGCGAAUAAAGAGGGUCUGACUCAGACCUACCUUCCCCUUUUUUCACCACCCACUCCACCCUCUUCUCCAGGUUGCUCUGCACUAUUUUUCAGGGAAAGAAACUGUCGACACUCUCGGUGUCACACAGCAAGAGUGGGUUCUGGGAACCUGGGAAGGGUUCACCUGUCUGUCCCUUCCUGCCCCAAUCCCCCUCCUGCCAUCACUGUGAGCAGGUCCCUCGGGGGUUUGUCUUGACGCCUUAUCCAGCAAACUGGUAGGCACUGGGUGGGAGUUACUGGGCACAGCCCCCCGGAGAGUGGUGAUGAGGGAGGCGGCCACUCUUUGCGGGGGUCCUCGAGUCACCUGAGGGACGGUCUGGCCGCCUCGAGACGAUGGCAUUGCCCACCACUCUCAGGGUCCUGGGCACUCACCGGAGCAGUGGAUGGGGCCAGGUGGGUGGGAACGCAGUGAGAAGCUUAGCAGCUCCAGCCAGAUGCGAAUUGUCCCUCCCACACUUCCCGGGCUGCAGGGGCCUCCAUUAGAGCCCCCAAGGAGUCAGAAUCCACACCUCUGCAAAUGGGCCCGCUUUCCCAGGGCCCCCCUACCCAGACCUUCCCUGGGCUCUGUGGGUUUUGACACCUCUCUGUAACCUGGCGGGGGGUCCACCUCACACCUUUGGUCCAGAUAAAAGGUAGGUCCUGGAGGUAGCCGGCCCAGCUUCCCAGAGCCUGCAGCCCGGCCAUGGCCCAGUCCCCUCCUGUGCAGAGCCUCCUCGGCCGCGACCACUGGAUCUUCCCUCAAGGUUGGGGCUGGGCCAGCCACUCGAACUCCACGUCCCCAGCCUCUUCCUCAGACUCAUCGGGCUCGUGGCCCUGCGACCGCGCCCCCGGCCCCUUGCAGGCUGUGCCCUCUGCCCGCAGCGCAGUGGAGGCCGCCCCGACGGCGCCUGGGCGUGCGCGGACCCGGCCGGCCGGCGGGCAGCGGCAGAGCGCCAGCGAGCGCGAGAAGCUGCGCAUGCGCACGCUCGCCCGCGCGCUGCACCAGCUGCGCCGCUUUCUGCCGCCCUCAGUGGCGCCCGCCGGCCAGAGCCUGACCAAGAUCGAGACGCUGCGCCUGGCCAUCCGCUACAUCGGCCACCUGUCGGCCGUGCUGGGCCUCAGCGAGGAGAGCCUGCAGCGCGAGCGCCGGCGACGCGGCGACGUGGUGCUGCCCCGGGGCUGCCCGCGGUGCCCCGACGGCGGCUCCGCGCAGGCGCAGACGCAGAUGCAGAUGCAGGCGGGCGGCCUGGGCGGGGGCUCAGCCGUCGGUACCCCGACGUCCUGGGGGUCCCCGCCCGCCUGCUCCGGAGCGCUCACGGAGCCAGAGCGCCUGGGGAGCAGGGUCCCCGACAUGGGCCCCUGGGUGACACCCCCUUACUGCCCUGGGCUGCAGUCCUCCUCGCAGCUGUCCCAAGGGAGAGCCCCCAACGCAGCCCUUUGGAUGCCGUCUCAAGCUUGUUCCGGAACGCAGACACCCCCGGCGCCCGGGAACCAGCCCAUACCCUGGACAUCACCCCCCGCGUCUCUGGAGCUGGCUGCAGCGUACCAGGUACGCCCUCAGGCCCUGUCCUCUCCCCUCAGAAUGGUCCCCAGGCUUCGAGUGGAAAUGAAGCAGGGUAUCUCUGUGUCUCCGGAGUCCUAUCUGUCACCAGAAACCCCUCCUCUCCUGCCCGGCCCGCCAUGCCAGAGAUUCCAGCCUCAGGCCCAGUGGGAGUGCUGGAGCCACAGUGCAGAAGGGCUGCCCAGCUUGGAGGACCAGGCCCCAGACCCUGCCUUCCAGCUCAGUGAUCAAAGCCGUCCCCAGAGCUCAGGCCUACAGCUCAGUGGCUGCCCUGAACUUUGGCAGGAAGAUCUGGGGGGGGCUCACCUGGGCAUCUUCUACUGAUGGCCUUGCCUGACCCCCCUUUCAGCCAGGACUCAGGCCUGUUGUGUGGGGAGCCCUCCUCAUUUGUGGUUUGUGUGUCUUAAUCUUCUUCCUGAACUUUGGCAGGAAGAUCUGGGGGGGGCUCACCUGGGCAUCUUCUACUGAUGGCCUUGCCUGACCCCCCUUUCAGCCAGGACUCAGGCCUGUUGUGUCGGGAGCCCUCCUCAUUUGUGGUUUCAGUGGUUUUCAGGCUGUCUUUUAGCCACAGAUCUCUUUUCCAAAUGAUGUCUUUCAUGGAAGCAGUAUUUGAAACAGAUAGGGGGCUGGGGCAGUCCCUCCAAUCCUAUAUUCCCCCCAGGUUGACCAGUGCCCUGCAGAGCACAGCCUGAGCUGCAGUAAGAUGGUGGCUGCUUGACUGCAAUGGGACUGGUGGUGGUGUAGAUUUUGGGGGGUGGGGGUGGGAAGAAGCCUAUAUGCUUAUAUUUUGUACUUCUUAAAAAUAAAAACAAAACCAAACAAAAAGGAGUUCCUGUUGUGGCUCAGUGGUUAAUGAACCUGACUAGUAUCCAUGACGACAUGGGUUCAAUCCCUAGCCCCGCACAGUGGGUUAAAGAUCCAGCGUAGA